AUUUAAUUUGUUAUAACAUGAAUUUGUUAUGGAAAUUUUACAAUCGUAUUUUUGCUCAAGCAUGGCCAAGGAAUGGAUCUGCGUGGAAUGCGAGCAAGAUAACGCCGCCGAUGAAGUCGAGUGCGUGGCAUGUGAGGAGCCACGACCGGCAGCAUCCAGUGUGAGUCGGUUCGCAGGGUACAAGAUCGCACGAGUCGUGUCUGUGGAAGCCAUUCCCAAGACUAAGCUGCGGGCGGUAAAGGUUCAAGUGGACGCCGAUGGCGCGGAAGGGCUAACCAUCGUAACAAACGCCCGCGUGGACGACGGCGAGACGAGGUACAUCGUUGUGGCUACCGCUGGUUCCAUCGUGUCUAUCGAUGGCGACGAUAUCGAAGUGAAGAAAGCGACUGUCGGCGGUCGCAAGUCGGAAGGCAUGGUGUGCGACUCGCCCAUGCUCGGUUGGAAAGGUGGCGCAGCAGGGGCGGCGGUGUUUUUGCCCAACACGUACACUGUCGGCGACGAACCUCCCGCCACACGGCCUUAAUCAAUUUGUGAUUGUUUCCAUUGUGUAUCAAGCAUGCCAAGACUGAGGUCUUUGUUGGUCGCAGUGGCGACACUUGCAUGGCAUCUUGACAGCACACUACCGGUAGUACACUAGUGAGCCAAAGUCCUGCGCUCCAACGACAUUAUGCAUAUGAAUCAAAACCAAAUCCCA